UGGGAUAUUUUUGUAAAAUUGCAAUUACUAAGCUCUCAUUAUACGUAGCAUCGUCAAGAAUUGGUCCGGAGACAAGAAUUCAGCGUCUCCUGUCACAUAACGUAGCAAACAAUCCAGCAUCAGAGCACCGUUCAAGCAAUGCUAUUAGCAGCAAUAGAUCCUUCUCAAUCCACUCUUUGAUUUUCGUAAUUCUGAUAGCCAAUGGAUUUCUGGCAGAGAGCUCGCAGCUUCGCGGAGGAAGCCGCCAAGAAAUCGCAGGAGCUGACCCAGGGCAUCGCCUCGGCCAACCUCUCUGGCGUCGUAUUGGAGGCCUCUAAGCGCUCCAAGGAGUUGGCUGCCGAGGCGUCCAAGAAGUCCAAGGAACUCGCCGCCGAGGCUCUCAAGCGUGCCGAUCAGAUCACCGCUCAAAUUCCGCCCGCGGCCGUCGCGCUGACUAAUCUCGUCGAUGCGGCUGCUCAGAAGGGCGGCAUUGAGGCGGCUGAUCUCGAGAAGUACGGGAUUACGGAUGACUUGAGGGAGUUUGUCAAAGGAAUUACCAUGAAUACUUUCCAGGAUUUCCCGCUUGAAGACGACUCAGAGGUGUCUGACAUUCCUGCGGUUUCAAAUGUUCGACAGGAUCUCACGGAGUGGCAAGAAAAGCAUGCGAAGCUUGUGCUCUCGACAGUGAAGGAAAUCUCAAAGCUAAGGUAUCAGUUAUGCCCACGUGUGAUGAAAGAGAGGAAGUUUUGGAGGAUCUACUUCAUCCUGGUUAACAGUCAUGUUGCACCAUAUGAAAAACGCUACGCCGAAGAUGUAAAGCUCAAAGCUGAAGAAAAGGUAGAAGAUAUUGCAGUAAAGGAAGAUUCAUCAGAUGAAAAAUCUUCUAAGACAGCAGAUGAGACUUCAAAACAGAAAAGCAAUAAUGUGAGGUCAGCAGCUUCUGAGCAGGAUUUGGAUGUGUUUCUUCUUGGUGACCUCGAGGAUGGUGAUGAUGGUCCAGAUGAUGAUGGCAAUGACGGCCUUGAUGAUGAUUUUGACAAGAUAUAGCUUGGUAAGUGUAGUAGUUAUCUGUUCUCUUCUGCUGUUCCUUACACUUCUGUAUUACUUUUUUGUGCCGUACUCCAAAAGAUUUGUUCUCUUAAGGGAAGCUUGUGUUCCGAUGUAAAAGCAUUCUGCUUUUAAUAUUCUUUCUUCUCCCUUAUAUACCUAUAUUUUCGACGAGCAUUUAUGCAAUUCGAAAUCUUAUGUUUGUAUG